UAUGUUCAAGUUACAGUAAAUUAACUAUUACAAGAUGUUAACUCUUACUGUGAACAGUAGUAUUUCGUAUGACAGCUACUUUCUAAACCAUAUUGAUUGUGCUGAAUAUUGGUGGGUUUGUGGGGCUGAAGACUUAUUUCUUCUCUGUACAGACAGCUAACUUCAGUUGUGCCAACGCAUGCCUUUUGCUUGCAUUUAUGCUGAAGUUUAAAUCUUGUCUUUGGCUACACUCUAUGCAAGAAAUUACAGGAAAAACUCUGCCUCACUGGGCAGUAAGAAGAGACAUUUAGUCUAUCAGCUAACGCUCAAGAUGGCUAAAACAGAUCUCUUAGUCUUCUCCGCAAGCCUUCCUUGCUACAUCCUUUUUGAUCAUUGUGGACAGUAUCACCUUCUUGCCUGUCACGGAGACCCAGAACCUGUGUUUCUACUCCAGCCUCGCUCUAGGUCCUCACAUCAAGGCUAUGGCAUGUGCUCCUGCCACCACUGUUGUGCUGGAUUCCUGACCAUGCAGCUAUGUAGCAAUCUGCACCAGUGCGUUCAUUCAGCUGAAACUAACCGUGUCUGAAAAAAAGAGUCCGUUCCCUGUAGUCAGUUUGAUGGUGGGAUCAGUUGUAAUGAGCAUGGCCCCUGAUGACAAUUUUCUCAUGGUUGGCAGUAAUGAUACAGGGACUAAUGGUACUGGGAUGCUGAUAGACACUGACUCCAGAGAUGCCCAGAGGGUGCUGAUUGCUAGCACCCUCACAUUUCUGGUUGGGAUUUUACAGGUGGUAUUUGGAGUCCUUCAGAUUGGUUUCAUUGUGAGGUACCUCGCAGAUCCACUAGUUGGGGGAUUCACAACUGCAGCUGCUUUUCAAGUGCUCGUGUCACAAUUGAAAAUAGUCCUAAAUGUUUCAACUAAAAACUAUAAUGGUGUCCUUUCCAUAAUAUAUACUCUCAUUGAAACGUUUGAAAACAUUGGUUCCACCAACAUUGCAGAUCUUAUUGCUGGGCUCCUCACCAUUUUUGUCUGCAUGGUAGUCAAAGAAAUAAAUGACCGAUAUAAACACAAGAUUCCUAUACCGAUACCAAUAGAAGUUAUUGUGACAAUAGUAGCCACUGGCAUUUCAUAUGCUGCCGACUUGGAAAAAAAAUAUAAUGCAGGCAUUGUUAAGAGCAUUCCAAGAGGAUUUUUGCCUCCCGAGCCUCCAGAUGUCAGCAUGUUUUCCCAGAUGAUAGCAGCCUCCUUUUCUAUUGCUAUUGUUGCUUAUGCUAUUGCGGUUUCUGUGGGGAAAGUAUAUGCAACCAAGUAUGACUAUGCUAUUAACGGAAACCAGGAGUUUAUUGCCUUUGGGAUCAGCAACAUUUUUUCUGGUGCCUUUUCUUGUUUUGUUGCAACUACUGCUCUUUCACGGACUGCAGUUCAAGAAAGUACUGGUGGAAAGACUCAGAUUGCUGGUAUAAUCUCAGCUGGAAUUGUUCUGAUUGCCAUUGUUGCCCUGGGGAAAUUGCUGGAGCCCUUACAAAAGUCUGUGUUGGCAGCUGUAGUCAUAGCUAACUUGAAAGGGAUGUUCAUGCAAGUGUUUGAUGUUCCCCGUCUGUGGAGACAGAAUAAAGUAGAUGCUAUGAUCUGGGUUUUUACAUGUAUAGCAUCCAUCAUUCUGGGACUUGAUUUGGGAUUACUUGCUGGCCUUUUGUUUGGAUUGCUGACAGUUGUGCUGAGAGUUCAGUUUCCUUCAUGGGGUGGCUUUGGAAACAUUCCUGGCACAGACAUCUACAAGAAGGUCAAGGACUACAAAAAUGUUGUAGAACCAGAAGGUGUGAAGAUCCUCAAGUUUUCAAGUCCAAUUUUUUAUGCUAACAUCGAUGGACUGAAAAGAAGCCUCAAAUCCACAGUGGGAUUUGAUGCAGUAAAGGUAUACAAUAAGAGACUCAAAGCACUGAGGAAGAUACAAAAGCUGAUCAAGAAAGGGAAAUUAAAAGCUACUAAGAAUGGCAUCAUCAGUGAGCCUGGCAUUAGUAAUGAAGCUUUUGAGACUGAUGAGGAACCUGAAGACAACGAAGAUCUUCAAGUUCCCAUCAAAGAAGUGGAGAUCCAAGUAGACUGGAAUUCAGAACUGCCAGUCAAAGUAAACAUCCCCAAGGUGCCCAUCCACAGUCUCAUUCUUGAUUUUGGAGCAGUAACCUUCUUGGAUAUUGUAGCUGUGAGAUCAAUAAAAACGAUAAUUAGAGAGUUUGAGAGAAUUGAUGUGAGAGUAUACUUCGCUUCAUAUCAAGACAACCUUAUAUCUCAGUUGGAACAGAGUGCUUUCUUUGAUGACAUUGUCAGAAAAGACAUAUUCUUUCUGACUGUUCAUGAUGCUGUGCUCUACAUACGGAAUCAAAUGGCAUAUAGUGACAACCAGGAUCCUAUAUUUGAGAAGAUUUCACUCAUGCAAGAGUCUAAAGAACCUAUAGAAUUCACAGAAACAAUCCGGCCUGCUGAUGAACUUGAUGUUCAGGAAGAGGCUAUGCGCAGACUUGCAUCAUGAAGACGGACUGCUGGUACUGUCUUACACACUGCAAUAUUUAUGCACCAGUACUAUAUAAGCAUUUUCUGCAAUGAAUCCAAUCUUGGCACUUGAAGAAAACAGUGAUUCUUUGUCUGAAUGAUACAGAUCUCUAGAAUUCUCCAAAUUUUAGCUAAUACUAUCUCUGAAGUAUUCUGGACCUUGAUUCAGCAAGCACUUUCCAGUAUGAUACAUUGGAAAAAAAAAUCAGAAGACUGUUAUGAAAUGUAUUCAGUUCUGGGGCUAGUCAGGCAGAAGGUGCAUUACAUUGUUAUAUGAGUGCAUACAGGAAGAAAAGCUGCUUUGUGCUUCGCCCUCGGAAGUUGAAGAGACAAAAAUCUUUGGAUCACAGCCCUUUUGUUAUGUAUUUGCAUAAUGUCUUGUGAGAGGGCGAGAGUUCUAGCUGGCCGAGGUUUGGCAAUUCUAGAACAUUUGUGUGACCAUCUUGAAAAAUGUGUCUGGAUUGUUCUUUCCGGGCAGUUCCUUAAAUUGCUACAGGUUGAUGGAUAGCUGAAACGGGUGACAGGUGGAACAACCACAUGAACAGGAAACUGCACUGAACCACUAAAAAAUCUUUAUAUACAGUAACUUUCCUUAGGAAAUAUAUUUGGAUAUGGCUUCAUUAGCUCUGUAUUAAUCCCACUGUAGCAAAUCAUGCACUACUAUCAGUGAUCUUCCCUAAAAUGAAGUAUAUACAGAAGAUUAUUUUGGCUAUAUAUCUUUCAUCAGGAGGUAGAUUGUGACCCGGACUGGAUCAACUAAAACCUUAGUUCCCAAGUACUUAAUGGGCUCUCUACAACAGGCUGCUACUGAAUGCAAGUAAGGAAGUCAAAAUGUCACCCAGUAUAGAGGUUUUUAACUAUGAAAUAUAGGAGUUUAAUUAGUUUAAUUAAUGGUUCUAUUUUUAUAUAGCAUAUUUUUCUUUUAAUAUUCUACAUCAAACUGCUGCUGUUCUUUUGCAGGACAAGUAUAGACAUUUGGCAGUCCAUAAUGCACAAGUGCAAUAAUUUACAGAAGAUAAGGGAGUUUAACUUUAAUCCUUAUUUUUGGACUAUAUAAAAUAGAUUUGCAGUAAAUCAGUGGUCUUAAUUUCAUGAAGAAGAAAUGUUUGUUUGAUGGAAAACAGAUUGCUACCUUAAAUAUUUUAGCACUAUAUUAUUUUUAAUGGAAAAUCAAAAAGAAAAAAAAAACCAACAAAUCUUUGCACGAUGAGGGAAUACAUAAUAGCAAAAGUAUAAGAAAUAUCCAGGUAUAAUGUCCCCUCAGUAUUUAAGCUUCACAGUUGUUGGCAUUUAUGUUGACAAGUGUUAAGUCUCCUUAUUUCGUUACAUCAGAGAAUUUUUCCUGUAUCAUACUGCACUGAGAAAAUUUUUGCAAGUAAGGUUGGUGGAAAAUCUCAGGUGAAAAGCUAAGCACUAAGUACAUUAUUCUGCCCUACAGACCUGAGUGAAGUCCAUUAAAAUCAUUUUAAAAAAUCCUAUAAAUUUCAAUCAGUUGGACAGGAUCCUCACACAGUGGGUAACAGCAUCAAACCGACAUCUUUAUUCCCUAGUUAAUGCAAAAAAACCUUCAGUUUUAAUGACAGCUACUGUCAUUUUUCAUUUCAAAUGCAACAGGGGUUUGAAUCUCAAAGGUACUGAUGUUACAGUCCAAGCCAGUGAAAACAUGACUUAUUAUUUACUGUUAGGAAUACGCCCUUUGUGUGCCAGGCUGGCAUCUCCAUGAGCUGAAAUUAGGUGCAUGUUUAGGAGCCAAGCCAGACUGACCUGCAGCUCCUGAGAUGGAAGUCUUGCUUUAUAUUUACAUUAAAGCUGAGGCUCAGGCUGGCACUUGACAGUGUAUGCUCUUAGCACUACCUGUCUUCAUUCUGACUCCUUCCCUGGCAGCGUAGCUCAGGAGCUUGGCUCUUCUGCAACAUCAUCGACAAAGCUUUCAUUUCAGGCCACAGCCCCAGUCUAUAUUAACCUGAAUAUAAAGCACUAUUGCCAGUGUGUGCAGCACACAGCAAUGCAGGACAAGGCCAGUAGCAUUUCUUAGAGGCUGUAUUGCUUUUCUAAAGUGGGCUGCACAUUUUAUGGGAAAAGCAAAAUGAAAAUACCUGUAAAAGAGCUUUCAGCUAAUUUUUGUAGUGUGAAUUUUGAGCAUAGAUUCUUACUUGGCAAAAAUGCAGGCUUAUUUUUUGAACCUUCUCCAGUUUUUGUCCACAUACAUAGGAAAAAAAGCAAUUACAAAUUUGACACUCGAGUUUUCUUUCCAGAUGUGCCAUUUCAGCUGGAAUUCUAAUAAGUAUGAUGCAAUGCACUUACUUUCAUUCUUGGACUGUGCGUUUCUUCAAGGUAUAGUAGUGUUCUUAAUUUAAUUGGUACAAAGUCUUCAACCUUUCCUGAACAUUAGUGUUCCACUCAAAGCCUACAUUUACGCAGAGCAAUAAGAGGUGACAUGCAGAAGUUGUUCGGUCACCUUUGUCAGAGAGACAGGGACUGUGUGCUUCCUAGUAUUGUGUAUCCAUCAAAAUGAAGGAUACCAAAGCAACUGAAACUAAAAUUCUAUACAAUUUUGUACUAAUUGAAACAACCGUAAGUGAUGCAACUAGACAUGUUUUUUUUUCCCAGUAGGAUGACGAGGUGAUGUAUUUGUAUGCAUUUUGAGUAUUACUAUUUUCUUUGCAUAUCAGGUACUAAAUUUGGAGAUACAUUUUAUUACUGUUUUAAAAAGCUGUGUACUGAAGGCAAUUGUAUCCAUUAACUAGAAAAUAAAAUUGUGCAUACCAGAAAAAUA